AUGGAGAACUUGAUAACUUAUUUUGUUCUUGUCCUUGUUCCUCUGUGUCUUUAUCUGUUGUCGUUGAUUUGCAGAAAGGGCCGCGGCCGUCUGCCUCCGGGGUCCGUGGACUGGCCGAUCGUUGGAGAAAAUGUGGAGUUGGCCCUGUUAGGGCAUCAGAGAUUAGUGAAAGAGCGGAUGCAGAAAUAUUCUGUAGACGCUUUCAGAACAUCGUUGUUCGGAGAGAAACUGGCUGUGUUAUGUGGCGCAGCUGGCAACAAGCUCGUAUUAAUGAACGAGAAGAAGCUCUUUUCGCCCUGGCUUCCUGUCUCAGUGAUCAAAGUGUUCUUCCCGGACUUCGACCACGUGAUGCACCAGGAGCCGGAGGCCACGUUCCACAACUUCAAGCAGGACGUCCUGAAGCCGGAGACCUUGAGGCAGUACAUCCCGGUGAUGGACAAGUUGGCGCGUGAGCAUCUCUGCCACGGCUGGAUGCCUAACUCAGUGGUGAAGGCAGGCCCCGCCACGAAGAAAUACGUCUUCGAGCUGGCAUGCAUGUUGUUCAUGGGAGUGGUGGAUCCAGUGCGGCUGGACAAGUUGCUGGUGCCCUUCUCUCUCAUGACUGAUGGCCUCGUCUCCCUGCCGGUAAACCUUCCUGGAACGGACUUCAACCGCGCGUUGAAGGGAAGCAGGAAGGAGCUGGAGGUGACGAGCGAGGGACGAGGUGACAUGCUGUCCAAGAUGUUGCUGGCCAGGAGUGAAGAAGAUGGGAGACCUGUGAGUCAUACCAAGAUUGCUAACAUUCUUGUUGGUUUGCUUGUUCCUGCCCUCUAUGAAGUUUCAUCUUCAAUCAUUGUUGUCAUUCACUAUCUUUCCCAGCUUCCUCACAUUUACGACUUGGUUUUCAAAGAGCAAUUAGAGAUUCUAGCAUCGAAAGGCGCUGAUGAGUUGCUGACGGACAAGGAUGUGGAGAAGAUGAAGUACACUUGGAACGUCGUGCUCGAAUCCUUCAGGAUAGCACCAUUCCUAAAGGAUUGA